GUUCGAUACUCUUUGUGUCUCGUUGAUUUCGUUGAUCUGACCAGAUCCGACCAGAUGUGAUUCAUCUUACCAGAUUCAAGGGUCCUAGAAUUAUUCAAUCUUCAUUAGAUUUGCCACUGACUGAUAGGGCCGUCGUAGAGGUAUUAAAAGGCUUGAACAACGGACGUUAAUAAAGUCUCUUGGCGGUGUCGAGGUCGAGCGACAAGCAGUGAGAUGACGGAAGGAUGAGGGUGAGAUAUACGUUCUCUCAACAACACGUGAAGACUUCAAAAAUGAUUUGAAAGUUGUGUGUAGCUAGUUCGUGUUAGUUAGUGUAUUUAAUAUUUCAAUAAUGGAGGAUAGAAAUAUACUUUCUUCAUUUUAUGCAAAUAUUUGCUAUUAUUUUUCGGGGAAAUGUUCUGGUAAAUGUGCUUUAGUUAAAAAACAUAAAGAACAUUUACAGACCGAAGGCGAUUUUUCAAUUGUUCUUAACCUGAAAGCCCAACAGAAGCAUGCACACAUAAACAUGCAUAACAAUGAACAUGUGUGUCAAUGUGAAUGCACCAAGUUUUCUGUGUCUGCAGACUCUGGUGAAGAUGGAAACCUUGAACCUGAAAAGGUAUCAAAGAAUCUUGUCAAGUUGAGUGACGGUUGGUCUCUCAAACUCUUGCAGUGUUCUGUGCACAAUGACCGGUUGUGUCUGUUUUUAAACAGACUUCAUACAUUUAAGACUGUCCUUUUCUCAGUUCUCGCCCAAGAAACUGUUUAUGGAAAAUUACCAAAUAAUUAUAAGAAAGUUGUGUUAACCCAAGAUUGUUUAAAAGAUGCAGAGUUGAUGAUGAAUUUAACGGAUUAUAGAAGAAACUUGGUGAGGAAUGUCCUUGUGAAUUUAUUGACAGAAACAGUGAGGCAUCCUAUUGUGGUGACUGGCAGUAUCAUUUGUCCUCUAAACCUACUGAGGCAAAUCAUGCUAAUGUUCUCAUCUAUUGUGGAACUGUUUCUGUUAAUACUAAGAAUGGCAAAGGAGGAAAUGCAACAAAGAAGCAAAGAACUGAAGGAAAUGUCCCGCCAAAAACAUGGACCACAAGUGGAUAAUGAUCCAAAAUGGGAGGCAUUUUUCAACAAAAUUGGAGAAGCCUCUUUGAAAAUUGAUUUGCUGAGUAUUCGCCCCUCUCGCAGUUUUAGUGUGAAUUUCACUAAUGGCAGCCAGGAAACCAGUCGAAAUGCUCAUUUCAUAUUGUAUAAUUGUGCCCGACUUUCUGCGAUACAAGAGAAAUAUGAAAAGAAAUGUUCAGAAAAUAUUUAUCCUUCACUUGUGCCUCUUGAAUCAGUAGAUUUAUCGUUAUUAACAAAAGAGGAAGAAUGGGAUUUGCUGACAAACUAUCUGCUUAUGUAUCCCCAUGUUCUUCAAAGUACCAUUGAAUUUAUAGAUAAGGGGAAGCCACUGCCAAAUCUAUUGUGCCAGUUUCUUUUCUCCUUGUGUGGAUGUUACAGCAGCUACUAUCGUCGAGUUAGAGUUCUUACGGAAUCUCGGGAUCAUCUGUUACCAGUGAUGUUUGCUCGUUUGUAUUUAAUUAAGGCUGUGGAAUGUGUUAUUCACAAUGCAUUGCGUUUACUUGGUAUUGAACCAUUUGUAAUAAUCGAAAAACAUGUAGGAGCUCAAGAACAGCAGAAUGGAGUGACUAUUCUAAAACUUAAACUGCUACCAAAGCAAGCUAAUCUAAUGAAAACAUCAAAAAUAUGAUGUUUAUUGGUCAUCUUCAUGAUUAAAAAGUGGAAUCCAAUAUGUACUUAUGCAGCAGCUGAAGUGCCCAAAUUUCGUAAAUUACAUUAUCAUCAGUCUCAUCAAUUCUUCUUCAGAUAACAAAAACUGUUCUUCAGUUAAAAUUGAAAUUACCCACGUAAUGGGUAUUAAUUUCAUGACAUUCAAAAUUACGUGCCGGUUUUUGUAGAUUUUUAUUAGAGAAUAAUUACCAUUAAUAAAUUAUUGAAGAAUUCUCCCAAAUUGAACUAUUGUAUUCUUCUGUCCACUAAUAAUACUCUUUUUGUAUGUACUUGUUGUUAGUGUUCACACAAAUCGAUACAUCUAAAAAAUCAUCAUUUUUUAGUUAAGUAAAGAAAUUUGUUUAGAUAAUAACAGAAGGCCACAAAUUAAAUGGCUGUGUUUGGAACAAAACUGUUGUGCAAAAUGACAAUUUUUAUUUUGUUUCUUUUCUUGUGCACUUACAGUGCAUUGUCGGAAAGGUGUGUUUAAUUUGUGUGAUUUAUACAUUUGCAAUGGAAUUGUGGGUUAAGGGUAGUUCACAUAUGUAUAUCAAUGUGCAAAGUUUACUUUGAUUCAAACUAAUAAUAAAAGUAUUUUCCAAAUAUCUCAGAGUGGAAAGCAACAUAUUUCAAAAUUACAAAUCUUUUCAAUAUCAGAAUUCCGAGAAUUGCCAAGAAUCUUUAAUUACCUAAAUAUUUCCACCAAGUGGUAAUAUACAGAAAUUUAAUUCUUUGUAUUAAAAAAUAGCUAACUUGUAUUGAGGAAUUUUAGGCUUACGAAAGUAUUCAAACUGAGUGUAUUAUUUGGGAAAUUCUGUUUAUGUGAACAAUUUUGGAGACAUUUAUGUGAAGGUCUUUAAUCAAACUCCCUUCAAAAAGGGCAUUGUAUUUGUGUAAUAAUUGGGAUUGGUAUUUAGUAGGAUCUUUAAAAUUAUGUUUAGAAUAAUUUUAAUUUCAUGAUGGAGUUCAGAAGCAUCAUUGUCAAUUCUUCAUUUGGUGCACUUAAUUGGUUUUAAGUAUUUUUUAAAUCUUUUAUCAAGGUGAACAGUGAUUCUUGUGUAAGUUAUAAGAGAGUCCUGUGAUUCGAGAGUGAAUUUUUUGGGGGUCCUUCAGUUAACUGUCCAUUAAAUUUAUUUCCCAUUUAUUUAUUAGCCUCUUUUGUUAAAGUUAUGUGAAAAACUUCAAUUUUCAGACAUUAAUUAUAUACUAAUUUUUUUCCAUAACAAUAAUUGAAGAAAAUUGUAAUUUUGAAUGUUUAAUUUUUUAAACAUUUAGUUUUAUUGUUGUUAUUUAAUUUACAUUGAGUUUAGUAUAUGAUGAAAUGUCAGAUAUAUGUCAAACAAUUUGGGUGAAAGGUUUGCUUAAAAGUGUAUGAAAGAGGAAAAAUAAAUGAGUUAGAGAUUUUUUUAUAUUAAAGUUAAGAUUUAGAAGCGAGUGCAUUUUUGUGAUGAAAUUUUAUUUACUCUAAGGGGAAGUGAAAAUGGAGUUAUUAUUGGUACUAGGGUAAUUCGCACUGAUGCAGCCUUUCACUUCCAAUAACUUGCCAUUUUUUAUUGAAUAGAAAUGAAAAUCUGUACUUUCUGAAUGGUAAUUUCUUUUCUUCUAAACAGAUUUUGGCAGAAAAGGAAUUUACAUGGUAAUAUACAUCUACGCAUCUUGCAAAGGUAGCCUUGCGUACAUCUGUCCUGAUUAAUUUUUAGACUGAAUAUAUUUUGUUUUUCGACUUGUGUAAACAAGACAAGGAAAAUUAUUUUCCUCUAGGAGAAAAGUUUUUCCUUCAAAUUUGAGUAGCCAUUUUUGUUGUUUUUUGGAAUCUGGACCUGACGAGUUCUUGUUAUAAGGAAUCACCUGAUUUAUUUUGGUUUAUUUUGAUAAGGUUAGAAUUAAGUUUAUUAACAAAACUUGGCAGAAUUGUGACUGGGUAUCAUAAGACGGUUAUUUAAAUCUUUUGCUGUUAAAUUGUCUGGGAAAAGUUUGAAUAAAAGUUUGUAGUGUUGGGUUUGUAUGUGAAUAGUCUUAUUAAAUAUUAUGGGGUUUGGAGAAAGUAAUGUAAAUAGGAAGGAGAUGUGUGAGAUGCAUUCAAAACUGGUUAUCAAAAAUGUUCCAUAUAAGUCAUCUGUAUCAGAUAUAGAUAUUUAUUCUUUGUUAAUUGAUUGAUUUUGUAUUGCAAAGAUUUGUGGAAUAAAUAUUAAGUAUUUUGAAUUUUAAAA